GGUCUUUAGAUGAAUUUGUUUGGCACCAGCUUUUGGCGUGGCGGUAUAAUAAAUUUUUAUUGUUUCUCUAUAUCUGGUAAGCCAACAAAGUGCAGCUUUCUUGCCACGGCCAGUGUCAACUGCUCUACACGCCAUUUGCCAGCGUUUUCAUUUGAUACUGAUGAAAAGAAAACAGGCAAAGUGGCCUUGAAGGUGUAGCCCCCUUGGGUAAGGAUGGACUUUGAAGGCCAAAACUUAAAUGACUCUGAACAUAGGACCUGAAGAAUAAUUAGUACUAGAGUUUAGAUGUGCGACAAACAAUAACCCAGAAUAACUGGGAAGAGCUGGACCUUCCGUUCCUUAAAACAACUCAAUGGCCAACAAGCUUAGCUUCGAUCCAUAUAGUCUUUCCUGCAAGCACCUAUCGCUACUCCUAUUGAAAUCCUACUGUUUGCUACUCAUCCUUCGAUGUGCCGGUGCAGACUGGCUGAUGGACUGCGGAAAUUGUCACUGCAAGUGGAACUCUGGCAAAAAGACGGCCGAUUGUCGCAAUUUAAGCCUGAGUGGAGUACCAGAGUACCUUAGUCCGGAGGUUCAAGUACUGGAUUUAUCACACAACCACAUAUUUUACCUGGAGGAGAAUGCAUUUUCGAUCACCCAGUUGCAGAACCUGCAGAAGCUUCUUAUACGCAAUGGCACUCUGAAACACAUCCACCAGCAAAGUUUCAACCAACUGCAGAUUUUGAUUGAGCUCGACUUGUCCAAUAAUCUGCUGCGAGAGUUGCUGCCCAAUGUUUUCGACUGCCUGUCCAAAGUGAGGGCCAUAUUGCUAAAUGGCAACCUGAUUCAAACGAUACCCCAAGGAGUCUUUCGGAACCUCAAGUAUCUGCACAAGAUCGAGAUGAAGCGCAAUCGCCUGAUUAGAAUCGAUUCUCGGGCUUUUGAGGGCGUGCCACUGCUAUCACAGAUCUAUCUGGACAACAAUGAGCUCACAAAACUAAGAGUGGAUAGUUUUCAGAGCCUUGGCAAACUUACAGCCCUGUCGCUGGCCGAGAAUCCUUGGAAUUGUACUUGCGACCUUCAGUUGUUCCGUGAUUUCGUCAUAGACACGAACCUAUAUACCCCGCCAACAGCAUGUCAUUAUCCCCUGCAGUUGCGUGGUCGUCUGUGGAUCGAGGAUCAGCCAGAGGCUUUUGCCUGCAAGCCAAAGAUUGUGUAUCCUGCACUCAGUACUUCCAUUAACACUUCCAAGGAGAAUGUCACGCUCAUUUGCCGCGUUCACGGAUCUCCCAAUACGGUCAUUGCCUGGGACUACGAUAAUCAAGUAUACGAAACUCGCUCCAAGUCGGUACAAAGUCUGCAAAAACAACGUAUUUAUAUAGAAAUGUUGCGGGAAAAUGAACCAAAGGUUCCAAAAUUCGGACAUUAUGUGUUCGUCUCACGUCUCACCAUAGUGAAUGCCAAGAAAACCGAUGAGGGUGUCUAUACAUGUCUAGCGGAGAAUCCCGGAGGCAAAGAUUCGGUUCGAAUAAGUGUGGUGGUACAAAAGGACCUACAGCGGAUACCGCUGAUCGACACGAACCUUUUUGCCAUAAUCUGCCUCAUAGCCAUGGGGUUCCUCAGUAUGUCGAUCUUAUUGUCACUGGUUACGUGCUUGAUUUUCAAGCGAUUCAAACCAUUUCAUCCAAGUCAGCAUUCUUUUAUGCAACCCAUAAGUUAUCCCAGCCAGCAACUUGGAUGCGAUGAUGUUGGAGGGACCGGGAUCAGCGCCUUAAGUUCGGGUGUUGCCCAGGGCAAGAAGAUUGUGUUGGAUCCACUGAGUGCCGCCAAUGGAACAGCAUGUAAAAAUUACACAUUAUUCAAAACGACCAGUAGUAAUGACAACGAAGUGUACCUAAACGAUCCCAAUGCAACGAGAAAAAAUGAAGGCGUGAGUUUGAAUAGCAAUCAGUACUUUGGAUACCUUGACAAUCAGGCAGGCCCUACUUCAUCGCGGGAUCAAGGGUUCUAUUCCGACAAUAAAGAGCGCAAACUGAAGUAUAAGCUCGAUGAAAGCCUACGACAUUUUGAUGUUAAGAGUUCUUCACAUUCAACUGACAGCUCGAAAAAGAAAUUACAAAUUGAAGAACAACCAGACCUUUUGCCUUCCAAUGACCCCGCUGCCUUUGUAAAGGUUAACAGCAAUGAUGGAAAACAAGAAACGAUUAAUCCUCGUAGCAAGUACAAUACCAAUGUGCAAAAGUACCUAAAGGAGAAGUACGGCAGCGUUCGAAUAAACGGCAAGAGCACUAAAAAGGAAAUUAGUGACCAGUGUGAACUGCAGUCCCACAAUGCUGACAUGGUAAAACCACCGACAGCUGCGAAGCCACCGUAACCUCCGACACCAUUAAAAUUAAGUCUCUCCCUGGAUUUAAAAUUUUAAUCAUCAACGGUAACCCUACCUCUAUAAGUACUCGACGAGAAAAAAAAAAGAAUGCAGAAGAAUCACAUCCCUUGAAACAUAAUCAAGAAGAAAUGUACCUCGCCUUAUUUCUGUUAGUUAAUUAUGUAUUUUAAAACUACUUAUAAGCAUAUUUAUUUACACAAAUCUCAGUGUUUUAGCCCACGCACUUUAAGUGAAAAGAUUUAAAUAAUAAAGAUUUAAGUGAUGCCUUGAAA